AAGCCUGGGGCGCCCAACCUUUGGCCUGUCCGGGGGUGGCCAUGGCGCUGGCCUGGGCGCUGGGUCCCCUGGCCGCGGUGGCCCUGGGCACCCUGCUCCUGGCACUGCUGCUGGGGUGGCUGCGGGACCUUGUGGUCACCGUCACCCGCUUCCGAGCCACCUGCCAGCGGCUGAACCGCUUCCCCCGGCCGCCCUGGCGCGGGUGGCUGCUGGGGCACACCGGCUUGGGGAAGAGCACGGAGGAGGGCCUGCAGCAGGUGGACGAGCUGGUGGCUCGGUACCGGCACGGCUGCCUGUGGUGGAUCUUGCCAUGGAUGCCCAUCCUACGCCUCUUCCACCCCGACACCCUCCGCCCCGUCCUCCUGGCCUCAGCCUUCAUCGCCCCCAAGGACCAGCUCUUCUAUGGCUUCCUCAAGCCCUGGCUGGGGGAUGGGCUGCUCCUGAGCCGCGGGCAGAAGUGGGCUCGGCACCGGCACCUGCUGACACCCGCCUUCCGCUGGGACAUCCUCAAGUCCUACGUGGGCAUCUUCAACCAGAGCACCCACAUCAUGCAUGCCAAGUGGCGGGCAGCGGCGCGGGCAGCGGGGGGGCCGGCGGCGCUGGAGGUGCUGGAGCAGCUCAGCCUCCUCACCCUGGACACCCUCCAGAAAUGCAUCUUCAGCCACGAGAGCCACUGCCAGGAGCAACCCAGCGAGUACAUCAAGGCCAUCCUGGAGCUGAGCACCUUGGUGGUGAGACGCUAUCACCGCCCGUUCCAUCACCCAGCGUGGCUCUACCGCCUCUCGGCCGACGGGCGCCGCUUUGCCCAAGCCUGCGUCACCGUGCAUAGCUUCACCGCUGCCGUGGUGCAGCGCCGGCGCCAGGCCCUCGACCGCCUCGGCCGCCAGGCCUGGAUGGAGAGCCACCAAGGACGGAGCAUGGACUUCAUUGACCUUCUCCUGCUCACUAAGGACGAGGACGGCAACACCCUGUCGGAUGAGGACAUCUCGGCUGAGGCUGACACCUUCAUGUUUGAGGGCCAUGACACUACGGCCAGUGGCUUGGCGUGGCUGCUCUACAACCUGGCCUGCCACCCCGAGUACCAGGAGCGGUGCCGCCAGGAGGUCCGCGAGCUCCUUAAGGGCAGGGACGUCGAGGAGAUCGAAUGGGAGGACCUGUCCCACCUGCCCUUCACCACCAUGUGCAUCAAGGAGAGCCUCCGCCUGCACCCCCCUGUCUCCGCCGUGUCCCGGUGCUGCACCGAGGACAUCACCCUGCGUGAUGGACGCGUCAUCCCCAAGGGUGUCAUCUGCCUGAUGAGCAUCUAUGGGACACACCACAACCCGGACAUCUGGCCUGACCCCCAGGUCUACAACCCACUGAGGUUCAGCCCAGAGAACAGCCGGGGACGGUCCCCGUUGGCCUUCAUCCCCUUCUCCGCCGGUCCCAGAAGGGGACACGGUGGCAGGAACUGCAUCGGGCAGAGCUUUGCCAUGGCCGAGCUGAAGGUGGUGGCGGCGUUGACGGUGGCACGCUUCACCAUUCGGCUGGACGCGGGGCGGCCAACGCGCCGCAAGCCCGAGCUCAUCCUCCGCACCGAAGAUGGGCUCUGGCUGCUGCUGGAGCCGCUGCCGGAGGUGGCCUGAGGGACACGGGGACACAGGGGACACCCCGCAUGACGUAUGUCCCACCUGAGGGAGAAGCAGUGAAUAAAUGGUGGCACAGAA